AAUAUAAUCAUCUCCUAAUUAUUGCAUUUGCAACUGUUAAAAAACUUCACAAAAUUAAAUCUAAAAAUAGAGAUGAAUAUAUUAUUCAUGAAGGAAAUUUUAAUAAAUCCUCAUGCCAGAUGGAGUAUGCAAUAUUAAUUGCUAUAAUUGAAACAAUUGCUCUAAUUUUGAAUGCCACUGAA